GCACAUCUUCAAUCGAUGCAGACCAAAGUGAAACGAGUGAUCUGUCCCUCACCAGACUACCCAUCCUUUAAGAUGUCCCAGUCCACUGUCACUGAAGAGGGAGGCACCUUUGAGCACCUGUGGAGUUCCCUGGAGCCAGACAGCACCUACUUUGAGCUCCCACCAGGCAGCCAGCCAGGUGAGCGGCCAGUGCCCUCCACCAGCACCCCGGGGAGCCACUGCAGCGCUGCCGAAGUCUCCAUGGACAUCUACCAUAUGAGGGACAUGAACGACAAUGUGAUGUCCCAGUACAACUUGCUGAGCAGCAGCAUGGACAGCCUGGGGAGCCGUGCGACCUCCGCCAGCCCCUACAGCUCCGAGAACGCCUCCUCGUCGACCGUGCCCACCCCCUCUCCCUACUCCCAGCCCAACUCCACCUUCGAGGGCCUGUCGCCUGCCCCUGCCAUCCCCUCCAACACCGACUACCCUGGACCACACACCUUCCAGGUGUCCUUCCAGCAGUCCAGCACCGCCAAGUCUGCCACAUGGACUUACUCGCCCCUGCUGAAGAAACUCUACUGUCAGAUUGCCAAGACCUGUCCGAUCCAGAUCAAACUGUCCUCCUCUCCUCCACAUGGCAGCAUCCUCAGAGCAAUGCCCAUUUACAAGAAGGCAGAGCAUGUCACAGAGGUGGUCAAGCGCUGCCCUAAUCAUGAACUGGGGCGAGAUUUCAAUGACGGUCAAGCAGCCCCAGCCAGUCACUUGAUCCGGGUGGAGGGGAGUAACCUCUGUCAGUAUGUGGAUGAUCCUGUCACUGGCCGACAGAGCGUCUUCGUGCCCUAUGAGGCUCCUCAGGUGGGGACUGAGUUUACCACCAUCCUGUAUAACUUCAUGUGCAACAGCAGCUGUGUGGGUGGCAUGAACAGGAGACCCAUCCUCAUCAUCAUCACCUUGGAGACCAGGGAUGGUCAAGUCUUGGGCAGGAGGUCGUUCGAAGGUCGGAUAUGUGCGUGUCCUGGCAGAGACCGCAAAGCUGAUGAGGAUCACUUCAGGGAACAACAGGCCCUGAAUGAGAAUAUAGCCAAAAAUGGCAGUGCCAGUAAGCGCAACUUUAAACAGAGUCCGCCAAAUAUCCCGAGUCCAAAUAUUAACAUGAGGAAGAGACGACACGGAGAAGAAGAGAUUUACUACAUUCCUGUUCGUGGCAGAGAGAACUUUGAGCUGCUGAUGAAGAUUAAAGACAGUCUGGAGCUGGUGGAGUUGGUGCCACAGCCUCUGGUGGACUCUUAUAGACAACAAACACAGCAGCAACUGCUGCAGAGACCGAGUCAUAUAUCCUCCCCCACCGCUUACUCUCCACUGUCCAACAUGAACAAGCUUCAUGCCCAUGGAGGCCUGAGCAAACCGCCCUCAGUCAACCAGCUGGUGGGGCAGCAGCCCCAGCAACACCCCUCUGCCCCCACCUCCAUAGCUCAUAUGGGUUCAAACAUGCUCAACAGCCACCACAUGCAGGCCAACGGUGAUAUGAACGGUGGCCACAGCAGUCAGCCUCUAAUGUCUGCUUCCCACUGCAGCCCACCCCCUCCGUAUAACCCUGACCCCAGCCUCGUCAGUUUUCUGACCAGUCUGGGCUGUCAAAACUUCAUCGAGUACUUCACCUCCCAAGGCCUCCAGUCUAUCUACCAUCUUCAGACUCUCUCCAUGGAGGACUUAGGUGCGCUGAAGAUACCAGAGCAGUCCCGCCUCGCCAUCUGGAGAGGUCUGCAGGACAUGAAACAGGGUGCUCCCAUCCAGCUGCCCGCCUCUAAUCAUCACCAUGACUACCAUGGCCAGCAGCUUCUUCGCUCCAGUGGCAACAUGGCUGCCUCUGCGAUGGCUGCCAUCGGUGCUGCUGGUGGCGAACUGCAACGCCAGCGCGUCAUGGAGGCCGUGCACUUUCGCGUCCGCCACACCAUCACUAUCCCUAACAGGUCAGGUGUCGUUGGGACCUCAGGUAUGGCUGCGACUGGUGAUGAGUGGGCUGACUUUGGUUUCGACAUGCCCGACUGCAGAAUGUCACGCAACAAACACUCCAUCAAGGAGGAGUUCAUGGAAAGUGAUGUUCACUGAGGCUGAAAAGAAUCUUGGGACUGUUUUGACAGCGUUAUUGUCACAAUCAGCCUAAUAACAGAGUAAAGAAAUGUGGAUUGGGUCUUUAAAUGUGCAGUUAGGUGUUGCUGUCAGUGAUUUUGCAGAGAAUUUUUUUCAGUGUAUUAAUGCACUUUCCUGUGCUGUCCUUAUUUUGUGCAUGAACACUUGCUCCACCCAGGACUUUGAACAUGAGAUACCACAAAAGACGUCUCAAGUUCUCUCGGCAUUCACCAUUGCGACAAUACAACUGUCAAGGCAAUGCCAAUGAAAGCACACAUUUUUUGAACUGUACGUUUUGUGACUUUGAUGAUCAGAGGUUACAAGGGAGGAAUAUCAAAUAUUCUGGGAGGCGGGAUGUUGUUUGGUCUCACAGUGCAAUAAUAGAUUUUAAAAAAUAGUAGCAUCCACUGACACGGUGAACAUCAACUGUAGCAUUGAUACAGAAUCGCAUAAUAGACAUUUCGUAAAUUCACAUUCAUGUUCUAGUUUCAAUUUGUUCCUUUUUCUUUAAAAAUAAAACUAGUUCUCAGCUGCCUUAUUUAUUGCUCUUUCAGUUUCACUUGACUUGUGCAAAUGUAUAUACUGUAACUUGUAAAUGUUUUAGACUAGAUGUGGUUGAAAAUGGGUAUUUAGAAUCAAAAUUGUUUCCUGUUUGAACCAAAUGAACAGAGGUGAUUGGUAAAUCAGUUAUGGGAACACCUAGUAGUGUAUAUUAUUUCUAAUGGAAAAGAUAACUGGAUGACUUCUAGUUCAGUAUGCCCUCGUCAUUUCAAGUUUAACAUUUAUUAAAUGGGAUUUGGUAUGAAUAGAGUGUAUUCAAGGAAACUCCCAUCCAAGUCAACAAGUAAAAUCAAAAGUAGAACAUUGAAUCCAUUACUUUUUUACUGUGGGAAGUGUUGUAUUUAUACUAGUAUGGAAACACACUACAAAACAGCUGAGAGGUCAAAAUAUCAAAAACAGUAUUAUAUCUUAAUAGCAGGGAUUUAAUCAGAGUUGUAAAAAAGACAUUGAGAAUAGCAUCCCUAUUUAAGACACUAGGCAAGACAGCAGCAUGUUUCUACAUUUUGGUGUAUUUUGAAUAAAACCUUGCAGGGCAGGGUCCUCAUACUAGCUGUGUACUCAGUGUGUUUCUUCAUAGCACUUGAUUGUGGAUAUUUAAUAAUAAACAACAUUCCAGUUUGAAUCCUAGAUUUCCAUUAACAUGAUUGAUCAUGGUGCAAUUUUAGUAUGGUGUCAAAUUUGUUUGUAGUAAGUACCUGACUUUGUACCAUGACAAUAAUCUCUACCUGAUAUGCAGUUAUUUUUCCAUGGGCCUCAUACAUACACACUUCCACUGGCUAACAUCAACUGGUCAAAGACAGAGCACUUUAAUGCUUUAAAGGUAAAAUGGUUUAGGAUUAUUUGUGCUUAUGAUCAGUAUUAUGCAUUAUCAUAAUGUAAAUAGAAAUAGUGCUUUGUUUUGAUAUUUCUGCUACGUUUUUUUAUAUAUAUAUAAAGAUUAUUAUUGAAAUGUUUGUAACUAUUGCUGUUCAUCAAUGUCUGUUAG